UCCAUAGCAAACGGCCGCGAUAAUUGUCAAGCUGUCGUGAUGGAGGUGCCGUGCCGCUGCCGUCGAUGACGAAGAAGAAUGUAAUGUACUUUUGGGACCCGGACGUAGGGAACUUCCACUACGGUCCGGGCCACCCGAUGAAGCCACAGCGACUGUCGGUCACGCACAGCCUGGUCAUGCACUACGGCCUCUACAAAAAGAUGCAGGUGUUCCGACCGUACCGUGCCAGCUCGCACGACAUGUGUCGCUUCCACUCGGAAGAGUACAUUGACUUUCUCGAGCGAGUCACUCCGCAGAACAUCCAGACCUUCACCAAGAGCCUGAGCCACUUCAAUGUGGGCGAUGACUGCCCUGUGUUUGACGGUUUGUACGAUUUCUGCUCGAUGUACACGGGAGCCUCCCUGGAAGGAGCUGUCAAGCUAAACAACGAGUGCUGUGACAUCGCCAUCAACUGGUCGGGUGGGCUACAUCAUGCAAAGAAGUUUGAGGCAUCUGGCUUCUGCUAUGUCAAUGACAUUGUAAUUGCCAUUCUCGAGUUGCUCAAGUACCACCCACGAGUGCUCUACAUAGACAUCGACAUCCACCACGGGGACGGCGUCCAGGAGGCAUUCUACCUGACGGAUCGGGUGAUGACGGUGUCGUUCCACAAGUACGGCAACUACUUCUUUCCGGGAACUGGUGACAUGUACGAGCUUGGUGCUGAGAGUGGCCGUUACUACUCGGUCAAUGUUCCCCUCAAGGAGGGAAUUGACGAUGCCAGCUACUUUCAGGUGUUCAAGCCUGUAAUCCAGGGAGUGAUGGAGUUCUUCCAGCCGAGUUGCAUCGUGCUGCAGUGUGGGGCCGACUCGUUGGCAGGCGACCGGCUGGGCUGCUUCAACCUGAGCAUACGCGGCCACGGCGAGUGUGUGAAGUUCAUUCGCGAGUUAGGCCUGCCGCUGCUGGUGCUUGGUGGUGGCGGAUACACGGUGCGCAACGUGGCACGUGCCUGGACAUACGAGACGUCCCUCCUGUUGGACGAGCCCGUCAGCUCGGAGAUUCCUUACAAUGAAUACUUCGAGUACUUUGCCCCCGACUUUACUCUGCACCCGGAAGUGGUCACUCGGCAGGAGAACGCCAACAGCAAGCAGUACCUGGAGGCCAUCGUGCGCGCCGUGGCCGAGAACCUCAAGUGCCUGGUGCACGCACCGAGUGUGCAGAUGCACCACGUGCCACCGGACAUGCUGCCCUACUCGCGCAAGCAGCCGGCCAGUUCACCGGGCCCCCCUGAGGACGCGGCCAGCCCGAGCAGCUCCGGCAACACAACGCCGCUGGCGGUCGAGGCCUGACUGCUGCCGCUGGCUGGGCUUCCGCCGCGUGACUGCUCCGGACAUUAGUAGCCCACUCGUGGUGGGCUCUGUUUUUAGAAAAAGAAAAAAGUGCAUUGCUUAUCAUACUGUGCUGCAACGCCGACUGUUAUAUGUCCCCAAUUAUCUGUUGUGACUCUGUUACUAGUGCUGUUUUUGAAAAAAAUACAAGUUUUUUAUUUUGAAUUUCUCCAAUGCACCCCUCAGCCAUGAUGGAAAAUAAUCUGUCACCUAUGUGUUGGCAUACUUGAAUGAACAGAACUGUCAAGUUGCAAACAUCACUUGUUUAAAGAGGCCAAGGCAUAAGUAAAUUGGUAUUUUCUGUUGAGAAAUAAACUUGGUAAAUAUCUUGAAGUAACGUAUAGUUUUGAAUGAAUUCAGCUAUUAGCUGCUUGAAGACAUGAGUCUUAUUCUCCCAAGCCAACUCACCAUGUUUGUGUGCUACCAUUUGUCGAAUCAGAAAAUAAACUUGUGUAUGCACUGA